AAAGAAAAGAGGGAUCCCCAAAUUGAAAACUAGGGGUUUAUCCGUGGGUCUUCAUCCUGGUCGGAGUUAGGGUUUCGAAAGAGGGCAACGACUCCAUGAUUCAGAGCAAAUACUCAAUUACUGAGCGGCUCAUCUUCUCGAAGCCUCUAUCAUGUUAUUGAUUUGAGCUUCAGAUAUGAGAAUCUGAUGUAUGAGUGAACUUCUCAUCAUCUUCUUCGCUGUUCGCUACAGUAAUCAAGUUGAAAUUUUGUCGUUGAAGCUUGGGUGAUUUCAUAGAUAGAUCUGUUGCUUUAAGGUAACUGUAUUGCUUCAUCAAAUGUAUUCGUUGAUUCUCCGUGGAAGAAGGUUGAUUGAGUUUCAGAAAUGGAGUCAUUUGAGAUUCGCAUCGCCAAAUGUAUUGUCUUGUCUUUCCAACUCCUUCUCCUCUGCUUCUCCUGCUGAUGGUCGAAAACGCAACAACUUCACUGUCGCUUACCUCGUCGAUUCUUUGGGGUUCACCACCAAACUCGCUGAAUCAAUCUGGAGGAAAGUCACCUCAGAGGCCAAGGGAGACCCAGACUCUGUUCUCGAUCUUCUCAAGAGUCACGGCUUCAGAGAUUCUCACAUCUCAGCCAUCAUUUCAAACUAUCCACGACUGCUCCUACUAGAUACUGAGAAAUCACUUGCUCCCAAUCUCAAGUUUCUCCAGUCCAGAGGAGCUCCAACCUCUGAGCUCACCGAGAUUCUCUCGAAAGUUCCUAAAAUCUUGGGGAUGAAAGGGGACAAAGCAGUCGGCAGGUACUACGAUUUCGUCAAAGACAUCAUCGAAGCCGACAAGAGUUCCAACUACGAGAUGUCGUGUCUUUCUGCUCUGCCGGAGGGUUCUAGGCAGGAGAAUAUCAUCAGGAACGUGUUGGUUCUGAGACGGUUGGGGGUACCUCAGAAGCUGCUCUUCUCCUUGCUCAUCUCCUGCUCCCAUAUCGUCAGUGGGAAAGAUAGAUUCGAAGAAUCCCUCAAGAAGGUUGUUGAGAUGGGUUUCGAUCCGAGGACCUCGAAGUUCGUGGAAGCUCUGCGCAUUGUUUACCAGAUGAGCGACAAAACAGUAGAAGACAAAGUUAAUCUCUAUAAAAGGCUAGGCUUUUCUGUCGAAGAUGUGUGGGAAAUGUUCAAGAAGUAUCCGUUUUUGCUGGCGAUCUCGGAGAAGAAUAUAAUGAACUCCUUUGAAACAUUUAUGAGGCUAGCAUUCACCAGAGAUGAGUUUGUGAGGAUGGUCAAGCACUGUCCUCAGUGUAUUGGGUUAUCUUCAGAGUUGGUUACGAAGAAGACUGAGUUUCUCGUGAAUACCAUGAUAUGGACAGUAGAAGAUGUGGUGUCAAACCCUGCAGCGUUUGGAUACAGCUUGGAGAAGAGGAUUGUCCCGAGGUGUAAUGUGAUCAAAGCUCUAGUGUUCAAAGGAAAUGGUAUCCCUUCAGUUGGGUAUGUUUUGGUAUGUACAGACGAAGUUUUCUUAAACAGGUAUGUGAGGAAGCACGACGACAAGGAGCUUGUAGCUGAGUUGAUGGCUAUCUUCACCGGGGAGAUCGUGCCUCAUAGAUCAUAAAGCCUGUCUAGGAUUUUGCUCUCAUUUAUGAUUGGAAAAGAAAACUCAACAUUAGACUUGUGUAAUCUCAAUUUGAUCUGAACCCUUUCUCUCUA